AAAACAAGUAUGGCGGCCUGACACUCAUGUUAACUCUGUUUUGGUAGUAUAAAACCUGGUUUUAUUCCACUUUAGAGAGAACAUUGCCGCAGAAAUCGUUAUCAAACAGAAUAAGAGCAACAUUACGACUAUACCAUCAUGCCGUCUGCCUGUGACUCUCUGAUCGAUGACAUCGAGGACAUGGUGUCUGCUAGCGACCCCACUCCUCAUGAGAGACAGUCUGCCAGGAAGACCAUCAUUCCCCGGGCCAGGAAGAGAAAAGAGCAGCUGCUUAGUGAGGAGCUUCAAGCUGACAGUGUGAUUCCUGGCACACAGAAGAUCUGGAUGAAAACAUGGGGCUGUAGUCACAACAACUCAGAUGGAGAGUACAUGGCUGGACAGCUGGCUGCCAGUGGAUACAAGAUGACUGAAAACCCUUCAGAAGCAGACCUGUGGUUGCUGAACAGCUGCACAGUGAAAAACCCUGCGGAGGACCACUUCAGAAACUCCAUCAAGAGAGCCCAGGAACAGCAGAAGAAGGUAGUGGUAGCUGGCUGUGUUCCCCAGGCCCAGCCACGCAUGGACUACCUCAAAGGACUCAGCAUCAUCGGGGUGCAGCAGAUCGAUCGCGUGGUGGAAGUGGUAGAUGAAGCUGUUAAAGGCCACUCUGUUCGCCUGUUGGGUCAGAAGAAAGAUGGAGGCCGCAGGCUGGGAGGAGCCAGACUGGACCUGCCCAAGAUCAGAAAGAACCCUCUCAUUGAAAUCAUCUCCAUCAACACUGGGUGUCUGAAUGCGUGUACCUACUGUAAGACCAAGCAUGCCAGAGGAGACCUGGCCAGCUACCCCAUCGAUGAGCUGGUGGAGAGAGCCAGGCAGUCCUUCCAGGAGGGAGUGUGUGAGAUUUGGCUGACCAGUGAAGACACAGGAGCAUACGGCAGAGACAUCGGGACAGACCUGCCCACUCUGCUGUGGAGACUGGUGGAGGAGAUUCCUGAUGGAGCCAUGCUGAGGCUGGGCAUGACCAACCCCCCGUACAUACUGGAACACCUAGAGGAGAUGGCAAAGAUAUUGAACCAUCCUCGCGUGUAUGCCUUCCUCCAUGUUCCUGUGCAGUCGGCCUCAGACAGCGUCCUGAUGGACAUGAAGAGAGAGUACUGCAUCGAUGACUUCAGACGAGUGGUGGACUUCCUGAAAGAGAGGGUCCCAGGUAUUACCAUCGCCACAGAUAUUAUCUGUGGUUUCCCCGGUGAGACUGAUGAAGAUUUCCAGGAGACGGUCGAACUGGUGAGAUUGUACCGCUUCCCCAGUCUCUUUAUCAACCAGUUCUACCCGCGACCUGGCACGCCCGCCGCCAAGAUGGAGCAAGUACCAGCACAUGUGAAGAAACAGAGGACGAAAGAGCUGUCUCAACUCUUCCACUCCUACAACCCCUACGACCACAAGAUUGGGGAGAGGCAGCAUGUGUUGGUGACAGAGGAGUCAUUUGAUGCCCAGUACUAUGUGGCCCACAACAAGUUCUAUGAACAGGUGCUGGUGCCAAAGAGGCCAGAGUUCAAAGGGAAGAUGAUCGAGGUCGACAUCUACGAGGCAGGAAAACACUUCCUGAAAGGCCGGCCGGUCGACGAUAGUAAGCCGUUCACUCCCUCCAUCGCUACACCACUGCAGAAAGGAGAGGUGUCUGGCCUGACACAGGAACUGACGGCCCACUUGGCCAAUGGCAUCCAAGGUCCCGCCUCUCUGUCCUCUUCAUCUGGCUUGCUGAUUGGCUCGUACAGUCUGGACAGGGAAGGACUGAAGAUGCUGGGGAUCGGGCUUGCACUGGGAGCAGCCAUCUUGGCCUUCAUUUUGGAGAAACUGUACUGAGGACGCGUUCAGAGCAGCUUGGAACUGGAAAGCGUGAACCGAGGAGAGAACAGUGGCAUCAAAGGAUGCUGGAUAGAGUGUGGGCGGGGGGUUGAACACGGUGACAAAACUGUCCUCUCCUCAGUUUCCCUCUGGCAGACACUUAGCCCACUCUCUCUUCAUCAUCUUAAAAAAAAACACAGCAAGGUUCAACUUAAGGAGGAUGAAGCAGAAGUCAGUGACAUCAAGAGAGUCAAAGAUUUGAGUAAGAUCAAUGUUCUGUGAGAUUCAUUUUCUUUUUUAAGCAACCUUGGUAGGUUUCUUUUAAAUUAGCAGAUUUCAUUUACCAGCGGCGCAGUCAUUUUACUUUGCUGUUGGCUCCAAUGUGAUGUCAGUGUCAUCUCCUUCUGUUUUUAGUGAAGAAUAACCGUAUUGAAAAUGACAGGUCAUCAGUCUUCUACCAAGAGACUAUAGCAGCCACAGUUUUAUACAAACCUUUUUUAAAUACAAAUUAUGUUCUAGAUUCAAGAUAUACUCGUUUUCAAACAGUAUCUGUUAUUUCAAAGAAUUGAAUAUGUAUGAAGGAGAUUGUGUUUCAUGAAACUUUCUACCAUACUCUGUCUCCUGUUCACUGAUCACUGUAACCUGGCUUUUCUCAUAGUCUGUGUGGGCAUGUCAGCAUCUGGCCCUGUUACAGUCUUUGUUCGUACUGAUUGUCUGCCAGAGGUUCCUGUGCUGCUCCUUAGAGAGUUCUACCUGCAAACUUCAGAGGGGUUUAUAAUGAAAAAACGACAUCAGACUGCACUGAAUCAAAACAAUUUUGCUAAUUGUUCACUCAGCUCUUUUCACCGUGCUAAUACACACUGCAUCUGCAAUGUGUGAAUAAAACUGUGAGAAUAAGUUAAAGACGCAUAUACCCCAAUUCUCCAUUGUAACAAAAUGAAAAACGCUGGCAGACUGUUGCACCCAGAGGUCAAAACAUAGAUUGCAAUAGCGUGUAACUGGUGAAACUAAAUCAUUAGAGCAAGACAAUUCAAAAGUUUCCAGUGUCACCUUGCCUGUUUUAGCAGCAUAUUUCUUCAAUAAAAACGAGUGUGUCUGAAAGCAUUUUAUGCCAAGUGUCACCAUUUAUGAUGAGCAUGAUGAUUGAAAGUACAGCACCAGGGGAGAAGUGGAAGCAUCUGUCUGCCAUCUCUGAUUCUGUUACAGUGGAGAUUUGGGGUAAGCUUUCCUUUAACGAUAUCUCAAGGCGUAUCUCCACAGAGGAGAUGUAACAUGUCCAGGUGAAAGUAGACAAGUGAAGGAUUCCAGACAUCUGUUUUCAUUCAGUUAAAUUCAUAGUAUUUUUUUUUUUUAUAGAGGGUCCUGUAUCAGGACCCACAGGACUAGGGCCUUGUGGGUCCUGUGUCAGGACUAGAAAGAGUUUUACCAAUGUGAGUAAGAGGUUCAGAAUGUCCAAGUUGUACAAAGAACGUCCAACCAUUAAGCUUCAUUUAAGGAAUUAAUAAAAGAGAUGUAGAGAGUUGUAAUUGGCAGUCCUGCCCCUUUAGUGCAGAGAUACAGCGAUACAGGGGCAGGUUUUUGGGGGGGAUUAUGUAGCUUUCUACCUGAAGAAUUAAGCACAACUCCACUCAUCACAAAAGAACUUCUGAAAGCCUGUAUUUCUUGCUCUCUGAUAAGGAUUGUUAGUGUAUCUGCGUGGGAAUGUUUUCACGUUCAAUACCAGUAGAAAAUCUGAGAAACUCUGAGAUCAAACUGUGAGAGACUUCGUAUUCAACUGCAAAUAUUACUGAGCUGUAGAGUGAGAAUCCAGUGUUGAUCGAUUCUCCAACAUGCUAUUUCAGAGCUACUGGGCAAUAUAGGCUUUCAGAUGCAGCGCGAAAGGAAAUAGAUUUUUGCCAUUAUCUGUUUAAAGGCUGCGGUGUUUCCUUUCUGUUUUAUGUUUGCAUACUGUGGAGGAAUACGGGGCGCAGAGGUGAACUGUACAAUACUCUGAUUGAAGGUCACAUGUAUCCUUAAUUUCAAAGUAUUUAUUUUUGACCACAGAGACAUGGACAUAUUUGGCAUGUAUUUAGAGCUACAUAAUGAGUGUUUUUGAUAUUUUAGAUUGUUUAUUUUGUUUUUUUUUCGCUCUUUUUUUGUUGUUUUGUGUUUGUUCUAAAGGUGGUUUUAAAAGACGAGCAUGUUCCGUUUGUUUCGCUGUUGUUUUUGCCACAAAUGUCAAUGUCAAGUGAAGUUGAAAGUGCCAGUCAGUCGGCCAAGUGGAUAACGCUGGCAGCGUCUGGGAUUGAUGGCGGUCACUGACUCUUCCCAGUUUAUCCCACAGUCCAUCACACACUCAGUAUGAUUUAUUUGGUGUGUGUGCUGACCUGCACCGCUGCAAACGUAAUGCACUUGGUCUAUUGAUAACUACAGUACAGGGCCCUCUGGGUGUAUGUAGUGUCAGGUUGUUGCCUUUCCCCAGCCCAUACAUUGUACCGUCUCUGUUUUUCUCCAUUAGCAUUGUCACUACCAUCAAAACAGUUUAAUAAAGGACAAAUGGAAUUUCUCA